CAGCGUCUUAAAAAGCAUCAAGUUUCAUCAGAUUCAUUCGCUUUCCUGCGCGUUUGGAAGAUGGCACGCUACUCAGGUGAGCAGGCUCUUCAGAUGGUCCUGGACAGUGAGGAAGAGUUCACUUUUUCCUCGGAAGAAGAACACGACUCUGACGAUGAACGUCUGUAUUUUGAAGAGCGACUUGAUCCAGCUGAAGAUACAGUUUCUGAUGAAAAUGUGGAUCCAUCACUCUCGCAUUCACCUGCAAUUCUCACUAAGAGGGCACGCAGCAACACAGGCGAUAAUGAGAAAGAGAAUGUGGAUCCAUCACUCUCACAUUCACCUGCAAUUCCCACUAAGAGGGCACGCAGCAACACAGGCGGAAAUGAGAAAGACUAUAGCCCUAAUGAGAGUGCUCCAAAACCCCUUGCAAAAAAGGCCAAGAAAAACAUUCAGACAAGCAACAGGCAUUCAGCUCUGUCAUGGAAAACAGAUAAUGACACUGACAUGGUUCCACAGACUCUGAGAUUCCUACCUGCACGGGAACCUGGACCACAGCUGCGUCCUGCUGAUGAACACACUCCUAAGAGUCUCUUCAAAAUGUUCAAAAUGCAAGGAAUAAUGCCACCACUGGUCGUCGGAACUGCAUGCUUUGCAAAGUACAGCUUGGUAAAAGGCAAGACACACCUUGGAAAUGCCAGGCAUGUGACAUUUACUUGUGUCUUCAGUUGAAAAGGAACUGUUUUCAAAAAUGGCACACAGAUGUGUGACUGUUCAGAUUCUCUGUUCACCACCUCUCACUGACCAUUGGGCUGCAAAGAUUAUCUAUAUGUGAUCAAGCAGGUUAUGUAUAGGGUGUAAAAGUGGGCUUUUUUUAUAAACCUUACCUUUAUUUGCCUGUAUACACAAAAUGUGCCUUUGACCCUAGUUUAUAUGUGGAUUAUAUUGUUAACUUUAUUUUAAA